CUAAAAACCUCCCAUUUCCGCCACUCCCUCUGUUUCCUCAAAUCCCCCAAAUUCCAAUUUUCCAAUCCCUAAAUCAAUCCAUGGAGUUCUUCACCUUCUUCAAAUCCGUCAAACUCCGAAGCCACCUCCACAAAUACUUAACCGCCACUCACGACCACCAAACCGUCCGCCAAACCACCAACCCCUCCGCCACCGGAACCAUUUGGGCAAUCGAAUUCGUCGAAGGAAAAACCGAUUCCAUCCGCCUCCGUAGCCGCCAUGGAAACUACCUCUCUGCCACUGACCUCAAUUUUCUCCUCGGCGCGACCGGGAGGAAGGUAAUCUGCCAAACUAAGCACGACGCGGCCUGGAGUUGCGUCGAGUGGGAGCCUGUACGCGACGGCGAUCAGGUGAAAUUGAUGAGUUGGUGCGGCAGUUAUUUGAGAGGCAACGGCGCUAUGCCGCCAUGGAGGAACUCCGUUACUCAUGACGAGCCGCGAUUCUCUUCCACUAAGGGAUGGAUUUUGUGGGACGUUGAACCGGUUAUUGAAAUUCCUAACUAUUGUCUGUUCAUGACUCGAAGGUCUAUUUCUACCCUUUCUUCUUCUUCUUCUUCUAAGGAUUCCGACCACUUUUCCGUCUCCGGGAAACGUUCUCCGUCCACCCCAAAAUCGGUACGCCGAUCCUCUACGUUACAGAUCAAAUCUUUCUCCGAUAACAACCUGCGACCUAACACGGAUUUCUUCCACAACCUCAAGACUGUGCGCCUCCGCAGCCAUCACAACAAGUACCUUGUUGCUGAUGACGAUCAGAACUCAGUCAACCAAGAACGUAGCGGGUCCUCCAAAAAUGCUCAUUGGUCCGUUGAGUUUCCAUUCAGCAAAAGGUCUAACUUUACCAUCCGUCUCAAAAGCUGCUAUGGCAAGUACCUGACUGCCAGCAAUCAACCUUUCUUGCUUGGAAUGACCGGCCGAAAAGUGCUUCAGACCCUUCCUCGACGGCUAGAUUCAUCCAUUGAGUGGGAACCCGUUAGAGAAGGGGCGCAGGUCAAGUUCAAGACCUGUAAUGGGAACUUCUUAAGAGCCAAUGGGGGUCUACCGCCAUGGCGUAAUUCGGUCACUCAUGAUAUUCCGAGUCAAACCGCCACACAAGAUUGGAUCCUCUGGGACAUUGAUGUUGUUGAGAUUCAGGUUCAGUUUUUGAGUCAUAGAACUCCCACAAUUGAGCAUGUGGAUUCUCUAUAUUUCAAUCCCAGCUCACCCGCUUCUGCCUCUGGAAAAUGGGCCCAUUACUCUAGACUUGAGUAUACUAAUUCGACCGUUAGUUUACCUCCCAAAUCUGAAGGAAGGACCAUUUACUAUCAUGUGGCUGACGAAAGUGGAGAUAUAGAUAAAUAUACAAUGGAGGGUUCUUCUUUUACAUUCAAAGGAAAUGGGGUGGAGGAACUGACUCGCAAAUUGAAGGAAGAAAUAGGAUUUGAAGGUAUCAUUGUGUGUACUCGCAAUCCAUUGAAUGGGAAUCUUUAUCCUCUUCGCCUGCAACUUCCUCCGAACAACGCAAUCAUGCAUGUGGUUGCCGUUCUUGAAUCAUCCAAAUUGGGAAAGGACCUUGCAAAACAAUGUUUAUAAUGAAAUCCACAGCGAAUAAUACCGAUACAUUGUUAUCAAAAGAUUGUGGCAAUUAUAUUCUCAAACAAGUCUGAGAUUGGUGCCCAUCCUACUCCUCCGUCAUUGGGAUUCUUCAAUUAUUUGGCCAGACACAAAUAAUUACAACAAAAGGAAGCUUGAAGUCAUAUGUGGAAGAGCAUAUAAGUUGAUUCCUGCUUCUGAAAUGUUCAACUCUGUUGCAUCUUCUAACUACUUGUUAAUUAGGGAUUCACGGAAGAGGUGAAUUGAUGUAGUUUUCCAUAUCAGUAGUUGCAACCAAAUUUAGGAAGCUUUUUUAUCAUUAAAUUGCCAUUUUAUGAGA